AUGUUUAUUAAUGAUAAUGUUUUUAUUUCCUUAGUUGAUGAAACCAACAACUAUUUGUAUGAUGAGUUAUGCAAGUUGUGUGGUGGGCCUUUGUUUGAUCUUCCAAAAAUUAGAGAAAAAGUAUAUUACUUUCCUCAAGGGCAUAUAGAAUUUCUUGAGGCAUAUUCAAAAGAUGAUUUGGGUGAAAUACCACCAAUUUUUGAUAUUCCUUCAAAAAUUCGAUGCAAUGUUAUUGAUAUUCAGUUUAAAGUGGAGAAUGAUACAGAUGAUAUUUAUGCAAAAAUUAGCUUGUUGCCGGAUACAGCAGAUAUGUCUCAGCCAACACCGACUCAAGAAAUAGUUGCUAAAGAUCUUCACGAUUAUGAAUGGAGAUUUAAACAUACCUUUAGAGGUACACCAAAAAGACAUAUUUUUACAACUGGUUGGAGUGCGUUCGCAAGAGCAAAAAAAUUGGUCAGGGGAGACUCUUUUGUGUUCCUUAGAGGAGAGAAUGGAGAGUCACGAGUUGGAAUACGAAGAGCAGCGCAUCAACAAGACAAUAUACCCUCGUCGAUAAUUUCAAAACAGAGUAUGCACCAUGGAAUCAUUGUUUCUGCAAUGAAUGCUAUCAGUACCAAAUGCAUGUUCAAUGUGUUCUGUAAGCCAAGGUCAAGCCAAUUCAUCGUCAAUUUUGAAAAAUAUAUUGAUGCAAUGAAUAAAAAGUUUAAAGUAGAUACGAAUUUUACUAUGCAGUUCGAAGAUGCUAGUUUUACUGAAAUAAGAUACUCGGGAAAGAUUAUAAACAAUACAAAUUGUUCCUCUCAUUGGAGAGACUCUGACUGGCGAAGCUUAGAAGUGAAAUGGGAUGUGGCUGCAUCAAUUCCAAGACCUGAUAAGGUUUCCCCAUGGGAAAUCGAGCCUUUGGCACCUUCAUCUAACAUUAUCCAAUCGCAUCUUAAGAAUAAACGAUCACGUCAUGUUGAUGGUAUUGGUAAGAGAACACUAUUUAAUAAGCUAAGUCCUCUUUGUGAGAUCGUACUCAUUAUAUUUUUAUUUAUAUGUUUAGAUAUGCUAAUUCCUACACUGACUCAAGGACAAGAAAUCGGACAAUCAAGCAUGAACUCUCCAAUGAGUAUUUCUCAGCUUAGUAAUCACCAUGCAACUGAUUAUUCCAAGAUUUCGUCUAGUUGGCCAAUGAACUACUCAGUUCCUACCAUAUCUAAGCCGGACAGUAACAACCAAAUGGUGAUGUCUGCGAAUGAAAAUAUAACCAUUGAUGCAACAAGUGGUUACAAAUUGUUUGGAGUUGAUCUGACGACUCCAACGGAAACAAAAGAUCUUAUAGAACAAAUUGACUUAUACCAAAAAGUUAAAACUUCCAAAAUCUCCGAAGAAGAAAAGAUUGAACAAAUCCAAACUCUGACAUCUUCAAAAGAUAUCCAAAGCCAGCAAAUCAAUUCUACUAGAAGUCGUAUCAAGAUGGAGACGAUUUUUAUUAGCCCAUGCAUUCUUAUUAUUGUUAUUGAACAUGUUCAAAUGCAAGGUGUAGCUAUAGGAAGAGCUGUGGAUUUAACUGUUCUUGAUGGAUAUGACCAGUUAAUCGAUGAACUAGAAAAAAAUUUUGAUCUCAAAGACGAGCUGCGUAUGGGCAAUCAAUGGGAAAUAGUUUUUGCAGAUGAUGAAGGAGAUAUGAUGCUUGUUGGAGAUGAUCCAUGGAUGUAA